UUUACAACCGCAGCAGUAAAAAUUAUGCUGGAACAGUUACCAUUCUGCUUUUACCCCAACCUUCCCACGAUCUCACCACGCUAGAGAGUCAGAGUCCUUUUUUUCUUCCAUCAAAUUUCACAGUUUUUAUUCUUCCCCAUCAAAUGCGCUGCCUGAGCCUAGGAAAUUUCCUACCGCUAGAAGGUAUUCAACGCAGAGAGAGGGAGUAACUUUGCCGAUCGAUGAUGGCGACAACGACGGGUUAGGGUUUCGACCAAUUGACAAUUACAUUCAGACAUCAUCUAUAGAUAGGGGCACAGAUUCAAUGAUAUUACGGAAGAAGGGCAUCUCAACUUCUACGGCUUCAGAGUCUGUACAACAAUCUGCCGAGGGAAUUCAAAGUUCAAAUCUGGAAGCUGCAAAGGAGAAACAUUCACCAUCCGUAUUUGUAAAUUCAGAACCAAUUCGUGAGGAUCAAGUACAGAAUGCUGUGGAGUUUCUAGCAGAUCCAAAAGUUAAGGGUUCUCCAGUCAUGUAUAAGCGUUCUUUUCUUGAGAGAAAGGGCCUCACAAAGGAGAAAAUUGAUGAAUCUUUUCGACGGGUUCCUGUAAGCACUAGAUUAGUCUUUCAUCCAAGUCUAAAAAUCCGAGGAAGCUCUAUUACGGAGAGAAGGUGCAGCAGCGAUCAGAGGCCACAGAGAAUAGAGGGAGGAGUGACAACCGUGAUCACCUAAAGCUGAACCAGCACGGAUCUAACACCAAAAUCCAAUAACUUUAGUGUCAACUAAAGUCAAACAUGCUGUGAAUCUAUUGUUAAAAGAGGUUUGUUAUGUCAACUUUUGUGCAAAUUUUUAUUUUCCAUUGUUUAUGGUUUAGCAUAUAGUAUUUUUUCAGCAACUUAUGUAGAUUGAUGAAGGAAGAUCAUUGAAUUUACAAAGAAACCAAAAGGAGAACAACUAAAACUUAUGAAGAUAUAUACUGCUAGCUUGCGUGCUUGCUGGAAGGAAGCAUUGGUUGGUCACAAGUAGAAACAAGGAGAAAUUGUGGGGCUAUUUGUUUGAAGCGUUGGUGCUACUAUUUACAUCAUAGUAGUACACUCUUUUUUGGAAAAUUGCUGCAUUUUAAGUUAUUCCUAUUAGUCCUUAUAUAUAUAGCAUUAGGAGAACUUCCUGCCUAAAAAUAUCCACAGUAAAUAGUGUGUGCUUAUUCAAUUCAAGACCCAUCACAAUUGGUUUCAGAAUAGAAUAGAAAUAAUAACAUGCAGAGCAUUAC